AUGAAACUUGUGUACGUUUUCUUGCUGCUCUUUGUCCACUGCUUUGACAAAGUACAUACAACAUGGUGUCAGAAUCCACAUCUUCGGGGGCACAUGAAAUUCAAGGCAAGGGAAUCCUCUAAUGAAAGUUUACCAUCGAUCGAGGCUAAACCAUUAAAUGGUGAAGUUGCCCAUGAUGCUAUUUACCAAUCUAUACCAUUUUUUGUACAAAAAUUUUAUGGUGGCAUUGCAACUUUCGAUGUUUAUGAGUCUCUAAAUGUUAAGAAGGGACAAACAUCUGAUGCUGGAAUGUGGGUCGCAUUUUACGAACAAGGUCAUAUCUAUAAUCUGAAUAUUGUAACUGCAGGAUGGAGUAUUGACCCUGCUUACUAUGGUGACAACAAAACACACUUCCUUAUAGGAUGGUCGGCUGAUGGAUACAAUUCAACGGGAUGCUUUGACUUGAAGUGUGAUGGAUUUGUACCAGUUAACUAUGCUCCUAUUACCCCAGGAGAUACUCUCAAGGGGAAAAGUAAGAUAUCUAUCAAGAUAUUCAAGAGUAAAGAUGAUGGAGACUGGUGGUUACACUUUGCCCAUGCUGGUCAAAAGUUUGCUCCCGUCGGAUAUUGGCCACGGAGUCUUUUCAAUAGCUUGGCUUAUUAUGCAAAUUAUGUAAGUUGGGGAGGCUUCACUGGAUCUCUUGUAGGGGAACCAAGCCCGCCCAUGGGCAAUGGGCACUGGCCAGGACAAGGCUCUGCUACAUUUCAUGAUGUGCAAUAUGUCAACAGUGAUGGGCAGGGUUAUCCUCCCGUUCCAGUGCCUGGCCUUCAGUCUAGGGAAACCCAUAAGAACUGCUAUCAUGUCAGCAAAUUUAUGACUGACCAAUUCAGCUAUGGGGGGCCUGGUGGUUGUACUAAUUAG